GAGCAUUGCGUGCAAGCGCGAGAGGGAGAGGAAAAGAGAGGCAGCAAAACAACACUAGGAGCCGAAUCGGUGCCGGACUGCGACAGCAUCAAAGGAAGGCAAGCGUCACUACUGACUGCACUGGCAAAGUGAGCUGCAGUAGUUUAGUCAGUGCGAGGAUUAGCGAGACGUACUCGCGGCGCCACAGCCGAGUGAGCAGCAAAUUUGUCCAGAAAUAGACAGGCGGCCUUCGCCAGGCGAGAAAUCAGAGAUGAGUGAGAUCGAGCAGGAUGUGAAAAAGAGCCAGGACAAGUUGGACAUCCAGGAGGAGGAGAAGCAGAAGCAGCAGGAGCCAGACGAGCCACCUGCUGAAAAACCAGACGCGCCUCCUGAGGAAGAGGCCAAAGCUGAUGGGGACCAAAAAGAGGCCCCGGAAGAGGAGGCGGCCACGGUGGAAGAGGCGACCAAAAGCAAAGGAAGCCUCAAGAAAGGUCUUUCAAACAUAAAGAGCAAAAUCCCCCCAAUCUUCAGCCGCAGCAAAUCAAAGGAGCGCAAGGAAAAGAAAACCGAGGGAGGCGAAAACGAGGAAGAUAAGCAACUCUUGCAGGGUGAGGAGGCUCCUCUGUCGCCCACAAAAACGGACGAGGCUGCCGGCGCGGAGGAGGAAGAAAAGGUGCCCGCCAAGUCUUGGUCGAAAGAAGUGCUUGCUAAAAUUCCUAAGGUCAAAAUGCCCUCGAACCCUUUCAAAAAGUCUGCCACGAAGGGCUGCGAACCGGUUGAAUUGGAGGAGAAAGGGGAAAAGGCAGAGGAUGCUGAAAAUAAAGACCAGGAGGAGGAAGAAGAAAAGAAGGAAGAGGAAGAGAAAACCGAGCAGCCGAAACCAGUGUCCAGGACCACGCAACUGCUCAAGGCCAUCAGGGCGCCUCUCGAAGCUGUCUGGCCAAGGAGAAAUAAGGAGAAGGACGCUGAGGCAGGUGAAACGGAUCCUGAAAAGCAGAAACUUGACAGUGAAGACGUCGAGGAUGGACUAGAAAAGGUGGAGCUCAAUGACGUUGAGCUAGGCACUGAGAAAAAUGAAAAGGUUGAAGAGAAAGACGCAACUGCAACCGAUGAGGAGUCUCUGGUGGGCAACUUGAAGUCUACCUUUCAGCAACAUCGUUUCCUCAUUAUUGGACUGAUUGUUUUCUUGUCACUGCUGCUGCUACUAAUCAUACUGGCUGUGACUGGCCCAAGAAGACCUCGCUACAAUGAAAUUCUGAUCAACGGCACAUACGUAACCACUGUUACAUCCUGCGGUCCCGUAGAAGGAAAACUAGAUGAGGGCGAAUUCACAUUUAAAGGCAUACCAUAUGCAGUGCCGCCGGUGGACAACUUGCGCUUCGCACCUGCCAAGCCGUUGCGGAGUCUGGAACAGUGUUGGAACGGAACGUUCCGCGCAUGGACCCACAAUAGCAGCGAGUCUGGACCGAAUCAAUGCUGGCAGCUCUACCGCAAUGGAUCUCAUGAUGGCGAUGAAGAUUGUUUGACGCUAGACGUGUACACACGUCGUGUGCGCCAUGACGCCCCUCUGCCGGUCGUGGUCAUCAUAUCUUCCGAGACCAUGGUUGGUGGACACUCGUUUAGACCGGCACGUGGAAUGGCUAGACAGAGAGACGUUGUCUAUGUGCAGCCUCGAUUCCGUCUAGGAGCCUUCGGCUUCCUUGCUUCAAGCAUAAUCUCAAGCACCACCUAUCCACCACACUCUGGCAAUUACGCGCUCACUGACGUUAUAGCUGCACUCGAGUGGGUCCAAAUCAACAUUGAGCACUUUGGAGGUGACCCUGAUGCUGUUACCGUUGUUGGACACAGAGCUGGUGCCUCCCUUGUAACGGCGCUGACUGCUCUCGGUAAGCGCAGAGAGGCGCCCAUCCAAAGGCUCUUCAACCAGGUGUGGCUGAGCAGUGGCUCUGGAGUCCUCGCAAACCAGACGUUGAAGGAUGCGGAAAGUGCUGGUCGAGAGUUUUUCAACGCAGUCGGUUGCCCUACAGCAGAGUGCGUUCGACGCCUUGAUCCCGAAGACAUUCUAGACCGCGUUCCUGAAGACUGGAAGAAGAACAUCUGGAAGUCCGAGUUGCCCAUUGGACCUCCACCAAUUGACCAGCACCACUGGAUUAUUCAGGAUGGAGUGGUGGUGCGCCAAAACCUGAUGAACGCCUGGAGGGAGAACGGCCUUCCAUACAAAGUCGUCUUUGGAACAACUGCCCAUGUUGAAGCAACCAAAGAACUGCAAUCAAAGAAGGAUUGGACCCAGAGAGUGAACUUUGAGAACUAUGUGCGCGGCUCAGUGCUGGGAUCUAGCAAUGUGCCGAAUGGCAUAUUUGGCGAGGUGCUGAAGCGCUACGAACCGCCCUCAUGGCCUCAGCUUGCUUCUAUGAUCAGUGACCUCCGCACCAUUUGCCCUCUGUACCAAACUGCAAAGGAACUUGCCUCUGUAAAGUCUACAACCAUGAAAACCGGCAAUCGUCAUGCCUCGUCGGUGCACUUCUACGUUGUGACGCAAACACGCAACUCUAACUAUUACGGCAACGUUGCUGACAUGGGCGCCGACAUUGAAGCGAUUCUGGGUCUGUACGAGGCACACAGCCCUGAGGAGAAGCGAUACCUCUCAGCCAUGCAGAACUUCUUCUACCGCUUCGUGUGGCACCAGGAGCUCCCACCAGGUGCCUCGGGCUCGGAGCGAAGCUCCGCUCUGCCUCAAAACAUCAUAAUGGUCGGUCAAGACGUCUCGAUCAAGAGCUCUUAUAACAACUGCGACUUCUGGAUCCAAAGGGGGCUCACCAGCAAUUAUGCUCGUGUUGAGUAAAAAACAAAAUAAUCAUACAUCCUCAAAUGGACCUUUUUGCGUGCCAAAUUUACUCAAAUGCUCGCAACGACGAAUUACAAAAGAAACCACCUGGACCAAAUCAUGCCAAAAAUAUGAGCUCUCUAUGAAUUUUAGCAAUUAAUUUGUGUAAAAAGCAUUUUGAAUAAUUGGACUUGUGUCAACUCUAUUUUAAGGUUAAGAAUAGCCACCUGAAUUCAUUUUUGAGUACUUUAAAAAGAUUGUUAUGAUUAUCGUGAUUGCUUUAUACCGCCUAUUUAUGAAUGAGACUGACCUGUAAGAAAAUCAAUCAUAGCUGUAGCAGCAAAUCUCGUUCGCUUUUUAACCCCCGCGCCUCUCUCCUUUUGUAAGCUGUAAGCUCAACAAGUACUAAACAAACUUUUAACUUCCAUUUAAAAACUCUUCCCCGACAAAUGAAAAAAAAAACUAAUUUUUACUGCUGCUCCAAGAAGCAAAUGGAAUUCUGCAUUUAAAUAACAAUGCUCGUAUUGCAUACACUAUAUACAUAAUAUUGUAGCUCAUUGGUAAGCGUUAGCAUUUUUACCGUGUACCAUAGCCCCUUGGUGUGAAUCAUAAUGUAAACAACACGCAGUGUGCUGGCGAUUCUUUUUAAAAGUAGCAAAUGAAUAAGUCUUGUAACAUUAUUAAGAAAAUAAAAUGCAC